AUGAAAUUAAUUAAUUAUUUAAUUCUAAUUUUUAUAUUAAAUAAUUUUGUUGUUUUAUCUGAUAAAGAAAAAAUAUUUUUAAUAAAAGAAUUGCCAGAAGAGAGUUUAACAACUCCAGAAAUAAUUGAAUAUUAUGGAUAUAAAUGUGAAAUACACAAAGUUUUAACUGAAGACGAGUAUAUUUUAGAAAUGCACAGAAUUCCUUUUGGAAGGAAUUUUAAAGGAAUAAAUAAAAAACCAGUUAUUUUUCUUCAACAUGGAUUAUUGGCAUCUAGUGCUGACUGGGCAAGUUUACUUUAAAUCCUCUCCUAACCCGUUUACACUUAAGAUUUAAAUAUUCUCCAAACUAAGUUCCCUUCCCUCAUAUACCUUCUCGUUAACCAACUUAUACUACCUAAUUCCUUCAAAACCCCUUCAGAUAUUUUUUCCCAUUUCCUCCUAUAUUUCCUCUCGUCCAUAAUUCUUAUCAAUAUUCUUUUAACAACUUCCCUCAC